CCAAGCUCUCAAGCAGCGGAUCCAGAAAUCAUCCUUGGCAAGGUCACUGCGGAAUGCGCCCCGGCUCGAGGUCUGGUCAGUGCGGGAGCGUUGUGAGUCUUGACAUUAGUGGGCUGAUUCGGGACCAUGCCAACACAAGCGCAAUGAAGCAGAGCCGAUACGAGCUUCGGUCGAUAGUCAUUCAUUCUGGAUCGAGUGUGGACUGCGGGCAUUACUAUGCAGUGACGAGAAAUGGUGAUACCAACCAAUGGAUGCGAGUGGACGACACAUAUGUGACCUCCUUGCCAAAGGAGAAGAUUCCCUCUCUCGCUUUCGGGAGCAAGUCGACUGGAGGCCGAACGUCUGAAAACUAUACCUAUGGAUGUCCUACUGCGUACAUGCUGUUCUAUUCCAAAAAGACUGAUGGGAAUGGAUUGAAACCGGCAGUAACGGAUGCAUACAGCAAGAAGCUGUCGCCAAAGUCGAGUCCGAUCCCCAGCCCGAUCCCCUCUCCGACGUCAUCACCAUCAACGUCAGAAUUGAAGACAUUCCGCAUUGAAACACAAACUGCACAGGUGUCAUUUUCUAACGGUUCGACGGUCCCACCGCAGAGCCCCCGAUCACCGGAUUUCUCGAUGUGGCAUUUAUUGGAACCUAUCACACUGAAGAAGGUGCCAAAGCAGUCGACAAGCGCAGCAUCAAAACCUGUUUCUUCUCCCACCACCUCUCCAAAGCACGCACACAGCCCCACCACCUCCCCAAAGAAUGCACACCCCCCCCCCACCUCUCCAAAGCAUUCACACAGCAGCUUCACCACCUCCUCUCCCAAGCAUGCGCACACCCCGGCCACAUCUCCGAAGCACGUACAGAGUCGUUCCACGGACGUUGCCUUUCGGGCCGAUCCUCGACCUGCUGCUCAGAGAAGUGGACACUGCGAUGCUGGCGUGAUGCCGGAGAGGGCCACUGAGAGCCAGGCUGUACUUAGCGUCCCUACGAGGGCAUGCCCCUCCAGACACUCCCAAACUCCUAAUUAUGCCAUGCACUGCUCAAUGAUUAUCGAUGCUCGCACCGGCCAGUUGUCGAAACCAUCGCCGCUGCCUUCUUCUGCUGUCAGCCGUGUUGCAAUCGGUACCAAACAGACAAGGAGUCCUUCGGCGAAGAGCCAGGGAUCGUGUCGAAAUGAGGAGGCAAACUCAGCAAAGGUGAUAGGCAAAAUCCGAGUUGUAUGUUAAGCGGAAAUUCAAAGCAUGAAUGUAGUCCAGUUUAACUAAGAGUGGAAGAAGCUGAGGGUUCUGCUUGCGAGUACGUAUAUUGGGAGUUUGUUCUCAUGUUCAGCAGGGAAACUACUGCAGUAAUCCUCCCGAGGGAUCUGCUUGCGAGUGCGUAUAGUGAAGGGCAGUUAGGGGUUGGCCGCUUGAGAAACGGAUGGAUGAUUUUACGAUAGAAGAGAGCGAGCUUGGUUCAGAAAGAUACCAGCUUCACACUCUCCACCGUACCCUUUCCACCGGAUCCGCAGGCACUUCGGCCAGAUCGGCAGGCACAAUCUCCGGUGCGCUUCUUUUUUUUUCCUUGCCUUUUUAUUUUCUUUUUUCUAAACAGCAACGACCUUGAGAUGUCGUUGUUGAACUGACCGGCCCCAGGCAAUUCAGAAUGAUUUUUUUCUGGUCAUCUGGUUGCAUCUGGAUUUGAACUCCGGUCUGUAUUUCAACAGUUCAUGGGUGUAUCAACUGAGCUACUAGACCUGUUGGUUCUCCCGUGCACGUCAACCCGGAACCGCACGCCUGUUCACGAAACGGAUGGAAGGCCAGUCGUGACAGGAAAGGCGGGUGGUCCGUCUGUUACAACCACUUUUCUGGUUGUAAGUUCUGCGGACGAUCUUCUCUCUGGACUCUGGGGUGAUACUCGCAAAGUUGUGGUGGUGAUACAUACAGGCUGUGCACACUUGGCAUUGUCUGCCAUUGCCGCCUGACAGGCGAUCUUCUCUCUGGUAAUUUUUGACGAAACCCUUCAGUGGAAGGUAAGACAGUCACACGGCUGUGAGACUUGCUCAGCUGAACACCAUGCACAGCCAAGGAAUGCAUCCACACUUCAAAGCUCACACCUAAGCAAUCAUGGAGACAAAGGCGAUCUUGUCUCUGGACUCUUGAAAAGUUGUGGUGGCGAUACAGGCUGUGCACACUUGGCAUUGUCUGCCGUGGUCAGCUGACACCUGUCAUCGUCUCCAAGGCUGCGGGCAGUGUUUUUUUUCCUUUGUUCAUGGCCGGCAGGGUUCGGACCUGUGCGGGCAAAAGCCCAACAGCAGUGUUAUAACUUAUAAUAUGUUAGUGGUGCAAUGCUACAAUGCCUGACGCUGCUGGACAUAUUCUCAAUCUUUUCUCCGAGCUGUGCACUUUGAAAGUGGCCUCCUUGCCAUGCGGCUAUUUCAGCUCUCAACCGCCAUCGUCCAAAUGAUCGGGAGUCUUCUGCAAGUCUUCUGCGAGUCAUUCGCAGAUACGGAAUUUGCAAGUCAAACCCGUCCAGGUGAUGUACUUUUCACAGACUUUUGCGUCGUCUGUCCAUCCAUCUCCCUCUGUGUGGCUCUAAUACUUGUUUUUUUCUUGAUUUCAUUUAUCUAGUUCCAUCUGGCUUCAAACUCAGGUCUGUAUUUCAACACUUCAUGAGUGUACCAACUGAGCUACGCCCCCUUUCUCUUUUUUCUUCGACUUCUUUUCUUGGUGGAGAAGAAAAGUUUUUUUUAAUAAUCUUUUUGCUACCAUGUCACCUACUUCAUUCAUGUUGGCUGGUUAUGCUGCUGCUUCUUUUUUUCCCCCCACCAAUCUUUCUUUCUAUUUGGUGAUUUUACCGAUUUGUCGAUUCCUGAUACGAGUGACGGGCGAGUGGGUAGGCAAGAGAAUGGGAGUGGUUUGCUGCAGGGUGCCUUUUUCUUGCCUGCCAGGCGCAAAGUUCAGUUGAUCGCCACGUUCAGAGUUUAGUUUACGUAUAUCAUUUGAUCAGGAGGAUGGAUGAUGUGUGGCAAGAUCAUGAUCAGGGGUAUCAGAUAAUGAUCAGGUUUAUCAGAUUGUAUAUACGGAUUAGGUUAACAGUCGCUAAAGGAAGGAUCGGAACCACUCACUUGUUGAAGUUAGUUGUUAAAUGAUUAAAUCACAGCUGGAAUGUUGAGCAGAGCAGUGGGGAAGGAAGGCGGUGGAAUUAUUACGCUACUAUGCUUGCAUCUUCAGGGACACUAGCAUUUAAAAAGGGACAAGCUGAAUUCUGGCAGGAGUGGCUGGGACUGGCCAUUGCUGGUUGGAACUGGCUGGGACUGGCUGGCACUUUCCAGGACGCGCUGGUGUUGGCCGGGACUGGCUAGGAUUGACCGGGACUGGCUGGGAUUGCCCUAAAAGGAGGUUGAUUUUAAGAGACAGACUGGCUGAGAUGCGCCAGAAUUGGGACUGAUCAGUGCUCGCUGGAACUUGGCCGGGGGACUGGCCGGUACUGGUGGCCAGGGCGGGUUGGGAUUAGCCGGGACUGGAUGGGAUUGGCCUGAAAGAAGGUUAGAUCCCACUAGCAAGUCCGUUCGAUCACGCUGGAAAGGAGAUACCGGCCAUCAUCUUUUCUGUAUCGGGUAACUGUCCUGGGUGAUCUUAUUAUUUGAGGAGUGGAAAGAUGCUGAUUUUGUGAGACAGUUGAUGGCAUCCCGCAUCGAGGUCAUCCUGUUGUGCAGGCAGGUGAUUUUAGCAGGUCAUUGCACAAACAGACAGAUUCAAAAUCAGGAGAGACUCUCAGGACAGCCGACAUGUGUCACCUUACCCCUUACCUUACCUUUCACCAACUCUCUUAUCACUCUGUUCCGCUCCGUCCCACAGUGGGACCAAAUGAGUACUGCGGAGUGAGUGGAGUGAAAACGGAGUUGUGCGCUUCAUUGCCACGCGUACGUGGUGAGGUGACGACAAUCGCGUAGCAUGUUCCUCCUCUUUUUCUUCGUUUACGAACUGUGUCAUGGCGGACCAAGCCACUCACACCUUGCUACUCCCUUUUGUAGUACCAAUCAAGAUUGACUUCACUGUGCCUGUUACAAAACUGAAACCGCAGCAAAGCACUCUAGCAAGGCAUAGAGCGUUAUGUACGUCCACAUUCGCAAGCCGCAAGAGUCCUGCGAAUCGCCACGUGCGGACACUGUCAAGAUCUAUCUUUUAAUGAAUGGAUGGAUCUGGUUCACUGCUAGCUGCCUGCCAGCUGAGGAAUCUGUCUCUGUGAAUUGGUGGUAAGCACCCCCGGUAGAGUGCAAAAUGGGAAACUGUAAUCCAUCGAUUGGUGGUAACUACCUCAUUAGAAUGCCGAAUAGGAAACAGCCAGCUAGACACUACGAGCCUGGAUGUUUCUGUUGAAGGAGUCCAAGUUGUUUCACUGUCGACUGCAUACUUUCUUCGUGCUGUUGUGGACGCUCUGUUGCUCAGUGCACAUGCUUCAUCACAGAAUCAACAGGCAGCGUCCUUUGGUUAUUUGACAAUGAUUAUUUACUGGCGUGCGAGUGAUUCGGAGUGAAUUUAGUUCGCCGCGGAUUUAGACUGUACACAUUCAUCCUGCUUUGGCGAUCGUCUACACUCCAGAGCUUCUUUGUGCCCUAUCUCAACGCGGACAUCUUCCUGAUGUGGGGGAAAAAACAUGGGGGGCUAUCCUCCUGAUGCAAAGGCAAGGAAGGAGAGGUUGGGAUUACCUUUUUGGGACGAUCUUGUGAUGUCUCUUUCGGGAAAGAGAGAUAGAGAGGGGUGCUGGGGGGGCGGUGGGGCACCAGAAGUGAGUCUAAUAUGUGGGACUGGAAAAAAGGAUCCGAGUUUUACGGUUUUACCUUAACAUUAUGAACGAGGUCGAAGACACUGCAAUUCUGAAGAGAGUUGUCGGAGGUGUACAGGUUUUGCAGUUUGCAGAUGCUCUGAGCUUCCCUAGUAUGAAACAGUUGAUGCAGGAUGGGGGUGGUGACAUUUAGCUGGAGGCACUGUAGAGCAGGAAAUCUCUCUGCUGUCUUUGAAAGGAUAUCUUUGGCAUUCAAAUGGAAGAUGUUCUAUCCAAAGACCUUGUUACUGGCGUCCGUUUGCAUUACCCCUGAG